GUCCAAUCUUAAUACCUUAUCUUUUCAUUUAAUUUGCCCUAUUUUCUGUGUUCAAAAACAUCUCUUCAAGAAAACCUUCCAAUUUUUCAAGCCGCCAGCUUAUCAGAAUCCAUGGCGGCUUCCACUUCAACUUCAAUUUCCCUGCAAAACAAUGCCCCAAGAACAAUCUUUCAAUCUUCAUCAAAGCCAUAUCAAAAUAAUCUUAAAUUCAUUGGUUUGGGGUUAAAAUUUACGAAAAUAAAGUCUUCGAGUACUACAAAUUACAAUGAAGUUAUUAUCCAUGAAGAAAUGGAUAGAAUCAGGAGACUGCAAAAUGGCUCCGAUGUUCGCGGGGUGGCGUUGGAAGGCGAGAAAGGUAGAAUUGUCGACCUUACGCCCUCCGCGGUGGAGGCCAUUGCGGAGAGUUUUGGGGAGUGGGUUAUCCGGGGGUUGGAAAAGGAAAAUGGUGGACGUGUUGUUGAAGAUGUUAGAGUGUCGCUUGGUAAGGACCCGAGAGUUACGGGAGGAUUGUUGAGUGUAGCAGUGUUUGCUGGUCUUGCUCGAGCUGGGUGCAUGGUGUUUGAUAUGGGGCUUGCUACAACUCCUGCUUGUUUUAUGAGUACAAUACUUCCUCCAUUUCAAUACGAUGCUUCUAUAAUGAUGACAGCGUCACACCUGCCAUACACUAGAAAUGGUCUAAAGUUUUUUACAAAGAGAGGAGGAUUAACCUCGCUUGAGGUGGAGGAAAUAUGCGACAAAGCAGCACGUAAGUAUGCAAAUAGGCUUACAAAAGUAUCCACAUUGCUAAACAUUCCACCAACUAGAGUCGAUUUCAUGAGCACCUACGCGAAGCAUCUCCGGGACAUCAUCAAAGGACGAGUUAACCAUCCUUUGCACUAUGACACCCCUCUCAAAGGAUUUCAGAUAAUUGUAAAUGCUGGAAAUGGAUCAGGAGGUUUUUUCACAUGGAAUGUACUAGACAAACUCGGAGCAGACACAUUUGGUUCCUUACACUUAAACCCAGAUGGAAUGUUCCCUAAUCACAUUCCAAAUCCUGAGGAUAAAAUUGCCAUGGCACUUACUCGAGCUGCCGUCCUCGAAAACUCAGCCGAUCUCGGAAUUGUAUUCGACACCGACGUAGACCGAAGUGGCGUAGUCGAUAAUAAAGGCAAUGCUAUCAACGGGGACAAGCUCAUCGCAUUGAUGUCGGCUAUUGUCCUGAGAGAACAUCCUGAAACUACAAUCGUGACGGAUGCAAGAACAAGUAUGGCACUUUCUAGGUUUAUUACUGAUAGAGGUGGGCAACAUUGUUUAUAUCGAGUUGGUUAUAGAAAUGUGAUUGAUAAAGGAGUUCAUCUCAAUAAGGAUGGGAUUGAAACACAUCUCAUGAUGGAAACUUCAGGACAUGGUGCUCUUAAAGAGAAUUAUUUCUUAGAUGAUGGGGCGUACAUGGUAGUGAAAAUCAUAAUUGAAAUGGUACGAAUGAAGCUUGGUGGAUCCGAUGAAGGAAUUGGCAGUCUUAUAAAAGAUCUUAAAGAACCAGCUGAAUCUAUAGAGUUAAGAAUGAAUGUAAUUGCAGAGCCAAGACAUGCCAAGGAAAAAGCUAUUGAAGCAAUUGAGAAAUUUGCAAGCUACAUUGAGGAAGGAAAACUUGAAGGAUGGGAAUUGGACUCCUGUGGAGACUGUUGGGUCACCGACGGCUGCCUUGCUGACUCCAACGACACUCCGACUGCUGUGGAUGCUUACAUGUACAGAGCAAAAGUAUCAGACGAAGAACAUGGACAACAUGGUUGGGUACACUUGAGGCAGAGCAUUCACAAUCCAAAUAUUGCUGUAAAUAUGCAAUCAAUGGUGCCUGGAGCUUGCCAAUCUAUGACAAAACUUCUCAGAGAUAAGUUUCUUAUGGGAAGUGGAGUGGAUAAAUUUUUGGAUAUCACUGAAAUAGACAAUUACGCCUCUACUGGACAUGUGAAAUGAGAUGAAAAUGUCAAGAAAAUAGAUGGAACAAUAUUAUUAUACAACAAUAAUGAGAAUGUAUAUAAUAUUGUUAGAAAUUAUGAAAAUUAAUCUAAUUUCACUUCUUGAA